UCCUUUCUGUAGAUGAUACGAAAAUGAAGAACUGACUUUCUUGAGAGAAGCGAGACCGCUUAUGUUCUCAAGUAGUGCUAAUGUUGUAGUUCAAAGUUGAUCAUUUGUGAGCGAUAAUAAUAAUUACAAUUUCCCUUUUUACAAGAGAUCAUGGCUAUGAAUGAGAAAAAACUAAACGAAGGCCAUGCACAUAUGCGAACAGCCGAAAAUAGUCAGAAGACAUCAUUAUUUAAAUGGAAACCUGACUUAGAUGUGGCAAUUGAAGAAUAUUCAAAAGCUGCUGUUUGCUUCAGAACUUGCAAAGCUUAUGAUCUAGCAAAGAAUGCAUAUUUAAAAGCUGCAGAACUUCAAGCUCAGACAAAUGCAAAAUUUUAUGCUGGCAAGAGCUAUGAACAGGUUGCAUUACUUUGCAAAGAAACUAAACAACUGGAACAAGCCGCAGAGCUACUAGAAAAAGCUUCAGCAAUGUUCAUGGAUCAUGGAACACCUGAUUCAGCUCGACUGGUGCUUGAGAAAGGAGCUAAAAUGGUUGAACAAGAAUUCCCCUUAAAAGCAGUUCAUAUGUACAAAAAGGCUAGUGCCAUUGCCGAUAAUGAGGACCGACCAAACAAUGCUGCCGAAAAUAUUGGGAAGGCUGCCCGAAUUUUAAUUCACCAGCGCAAGCUUGAACAAUCAAUUGAAUAUUUGAAAAAGGAAAUACAUCACCACAAAAAGACUCAGAAUUGGCCGAUGAUAGGUAAAGCUGCCGUCGGUGUGAUAAUGUUGUAUUUACACAACGAAGAUUUUGCAGGAGGUUUUAAUUUUUAUGAAGACUACUUCAAGUGUCCAGAACUUUCAGACGGUGAUGAUGCAAUGUAUAUGUACAGACUCUUGAAAGCUUAUGAUACAGCAGAUGAGGCAGCUGGAAGAGCCAUUUUAGAUUCUCCACUUGUACGACACAUGGAUAACGCUUUUGCAAAGCUGGCACGUGACUUAGCAAUCCCUGAAACAGGUACAAGUAGUCAAGACUGGGGCCCAUCACCUCAUGACCCAAUAGAUGAGAUAGCAGAAGCUACAGCUCGACUGGCUGCUGAUGAUUACUGUGAGGAGGAAGAAGAUGAAGAACUUGAUUUGCUCUAGUUUACCAUUUUGGUAUUUCUUCAACAAAAAUAUGUCUCUCGCUCUCUUCAUCUUUCUUUGAUUCUCUAGUUCUACAACUUGUCAUUUUAAUUGAUUAUCCAUUAAAUUAUCUUUGAUUCUCCACUCCGGUGUCAAUGUUAUGACCCUCAAAUCCUUGUACUUCUUCAGACACACACUCAUACAUGUACUUAAAUAUAAGUGCAUGUUACACACACACACACAUGAACACUUACAUGCACACAGAAAUAAGAAUACAUGUGACAGUCUCAUUCACAUAGACAUGCUAUUUUUCAUUUCUAAAUUUUCUCUCUUACAUGCAUACUUAACAUUAUGCGUGUGUGUGUAAGUGUGUGCAUGCACUCUUAGUUAUAUA